AUGGCCAUCCUCCGACAUACCGUCGCCCCGCUGCGAGCGGUGCGAUGCGCACGCAAGCCUCUCGCCUCCGCGCGAAGCCUCUCCAUGACGACUCGACGACAAGGCGGCCACGGCGAGUCACAAUUCGAGCCUCCUACCGGAUGGCUCUGGGGCGUCAAGCCCGGCGAGAAGCCCGAGGCCGAGGGCUGGGAGUGGCCCAUGUACCUGUUCGGCGCCGCCUUUUUGGUCACCGGUGUUGCUCUGGCAUUCAAGCCUGAUACUUCCGUCUCUACCUGGGCUCUUGAGGAGGCACGAAGAAGAUUAGAAGCCGAGGGUGUUCUCCCUGACCCUUCAGUAAACGAGAAGAAGAACUAA